AUUUCGAUGGAUUCCAACUUCCUUCUCAACCCUUCAGGACUCCACUCAGUUUACUAUAAAUCUAAGGAAGAUGAUGGCCUCAGAACUCUACAGCCUGAAGCCUAUCAUCCAUCUCAACAUGUGGUGGCCAUGGAGGGAUAUGGGGACUUUAUGGAAUGGCCACAGGCUACUCUGCAGCUGAAGAAUCCAGGCAGGGGAUUUCCAGGGCCGAUACAAGACUAUGACGACGAGGAGGCAGAGGGAAUCCAGAGCAAAGAGAAGUGGGCUUGUGUGAAGGUUAACAUGGAUGGAGUUAUGGUGGGAAGAAAGAUUUGCAUUCUUGACCAUGGAGGCUAUUCUAGCCUGGCGCAUAAAUUGGAAGAAAUGUUUGGGAGAAAUUCUGCAUCUGGACUAAGAUUAUUCCAGGCUGGUUCAGAAUUUUCACUGUCUUAUCAGGUCAGGGAAGCGAAUUGGAGGCCCGUUGGUGACGUUCCCUGGAAAGAGUUUGUCAAGUCAGUGAAACGGCUGAGGAUUGCCCGGAACUGAGGCUUUUCUUCCGAAUCAAGCUUCUAAUUAGUUGUAUGUUGUGAAGAAUUUCAAAGGACGACAGACUUGACUUAGAGUGGGGGAUUACACGGGGAAAUUUGUGCACCACAAGGCAUGUAGAAUCAGAAUGGCAGCCAGAGAAUACGAACUAAACUGGAACUGGCUUUUAUUUGGGCUUAACUUGACUGGAAUUCACCCAUGAAUAAAAGGGGAGUUUAGACUUUCAUUGUGAUACCUUUAAUAAUUACUAUUUGAAGUCAAUUGAUUAUUCAAGCAAGAACAAGAAGGUUGGUGUUAAAGCUCUCGCUUGAAAGGAGAUCAGAGUUUCAGAUUGGAUAAUUAAUAGGAAUCCUGAAAUUCACCUAAUAGUUAGUCUUUACAUGGCAUUUUUGGACCUCUAUUACUUUAUUUUUGUUUGCUAAACCUUCUUCAAACUCCUAUACUAUUCAAACUUUACAAUACUCUAUGCAGGUGUGAAUUUG